CAGCAGGUCCACCGAGCCGCCGCCAUCGGAGAAGACCAAGGAGGCAGUCGAAAGCUCCGGCAGGACGCAACAGGCCGUCGUCCUGCUGCAGCCGACAUGUCGGCGCUCAGAGCUGCAGCCGUCCUGCUGCUCAGCCUCAUCGUGCCAACCUGCACAGGUGAAGGAGGAAACUGCAGCUGUGACAUCAGCAACAGCCGCUGUGACGAGUUUGGAGUCUGCAGGUGUGACCCUGGGUGGGAUGGCGAGCGUUGCGAUCGCUGCGCUCUGACGCCUGGUUGCGUUCACGGUUCUUGCGAGCAGCCAUGGCAGUGCACCUGUGCGUCUGGGUGGGCGGGGCGAUUCUGCGAUAAAGAUCUGAGCAUCUGCUCACGGCAACAGCCGUGUCACAACGGCGCCACCUGUGUGAUGGAGGACAGCGGUGACUUCAGCUGUCUGUGUCCUGAAGGGUUCCACGGUCCCACCUGCCAGAGGAGGACGGGCCCCUGUUACCUGAACAGGUCUCCGUGUAAGAACGGUGGUCAGUGCGAGGACGGCGACGGCUUCGCGGCGGAGCUAACGUGUCGCUGCCUCGCCGGCUUCACAGGGCGGCGCUGUGAAACCGACGUGGACGACUGCACGAUGAAGCCAUGUGCUAACGGCGCCACCUGCCUGGAUGGAGUGAAUCGUUUCUCGUGCGUCUGUCCCGCCGGCUUCAGCGGACGCUUCUGCACCGUGAACUUGGAUGACUGCGCCAGCCGGCCUUGCCUGAAUGGCGGCCGCUGCCUCGACCGUGCCGGAGGCUUCCGCUGCGUCUGCCGGCCCAGCUUCACCGGCGCGGCCUGCGAGACGCCGCUGAGGGGCCGUGAGCCCGGCUGGACCACGCUGGGCUGGGACGGAGGUGGGACGAGCGAGAGGAGCGCCGCCCCGACCAGCAGCGGCGGAAACAGCAGUCGUCAUGGAGACAGGCUGCUAAAGGUGACGGUGAGCGAGCGGCGCGGCGGCCUGUCGGAGCCGCAGCUCAUCGUCCUGCUGGUGCUGGCGGCGGUGACGCUGGGCGCCGUGGUGCUGACCGCCGCCCUUGUGCUGCAAGGUCACUGCAGGAACUGUGGGCACGCCCCCUGCUGGACAUCGCUGACAUCAUCACGGCGCAGCAGGCAGCGAGCGCAGGAGUGUCACAUCAGCUUCCUGAACGCAGCAGAACCAGAGAAGAAGAAACUCAACGUCGUUUAGACUGACAAGCGUCCACCUGAACUGUGACAUCAUCAGACAUUUAUUCCUCAGCUACUUUACCCAUAAUGCCCCUCUGGCUCAGAGGGCUGUGCAGCUGAAACUGGACUUCAUUAUUCAGUAACGCAUCGAUCAACGUCCAGUCGUAUCCUGAUAACAAACAUGUUUAAAGUGUUUCAGAUUUAGUUUUAGGACAUUAACAACCUCAAAGUGAAAACGUGAUUUUUCACAUUUGAAAGAACCUGAUUGGACAGUUUCAGCAGUCACACCUGUGGCCUUAAGACACGCCCCCAGAUGACAUCACAGGAGUGUUUCCACUGUUCUGCUGAUUUUUGCUUCUCGACUUGAGUUUUAAAUGUUGUCAUGUUUCCUUUUCUUUUAAGUUUACAAUUUAUAUUUGAAAAAAAAAGUUUUUAAACAAAUGAAUCAUAAAAGUUUAAAUAAAAUUCAUAAAAAGUUAAAUAAUGUUACUACGGCUAACAUUGCUUUAAAACAUUUCAAAAACUUAGAUAAAAGUCAAAGAAUGGGUUAAAAAGGUUUUGGAGAAUUCAAACUAAGCGUUUUUUCAUUGUUCUUAUUGCUGUUAGAGAAGCCCUCUGAGAACCUCCUCCAGCAGCUCAUCUCCACCAGGCUCUGAUCUCCAGCUGAUGUUAAAGUCCUGAUUCAUUUAUCUACACUGUUGGAUUCAUGGAGAAGCAGAACAUAGCUUUAGCAUUGAGUUAGCAUUGAUAUCAUUAAUAACAAGCUGACAGAGUGAUGGACGCUCGUUCUGGACUCUACAAUAUUUUGUUCACUGACGUUAUUUCUGCAGCUGCUUACUGGCUUUAAGCUGUUCGCUAACGCUAUGCUAGGUCGGCAUAACUACAGCGAU